AUGGCUGAUGAAAACUGCACAAGGAUCACCGAGUUUAUUUUCAUAGGCUUAAAGUUCCAUCCACAGCUGCAGAUCUUCCUUUUCUUGCUCUUUCUGCUUUUCUACCUCAUCACCAUGAUGGGGAACCUGGGCAUGAUCAUCCUCAUCCGUGUGGACUCGCGCCUGCACACCCCCAUGUACUUCUUCCUCAGCCACCUGUCCUUCGUGGACAUCUGCUUUUCGUCGGUCGUGGGUCCCAAGAUGCUCACCGACUUCUUCUCGGAGAGGAAGGCCAUCUCUUUCCUGGGGUGUGCCCUGCAGCAGUGGUUCUUUGGUUUCUUCGUGGCCAUCGAGUGCCUUCUCUUGGCCUCCAUGGCCUAUGACCGCUACGUGGCCAUCUGUAACCCACUACUGUAUUCAGUCGCCAUGUCCCAGAGACUCUGCAUACAGCUGGUGGCCGGACCCUACGCUGUGGGCUUCCUGAACACCAUGACUCACACCACGGCCGCCUUUCGACUUCCCUUCUGCGGCUCCAACAUCAUUAAUCACUUCUUCUGUGACAUGUCCCCCCUCCUCUCCCUCGUCUGCGCUGACAUCCGCCUCAAUAAACUGCUGGUUUUCAUUGUGGCCGGAGCUGUCCUGGUGGUCAGCAGCCUGACCAUCAUCGUCUCCUACUUGUCCAUCUUCGCGGCCAUCCUGCGGAUCCGCUCGGCCGAGGGCAGGCGCAAAGCCUUCUCCACCUGCUCGUCCCACCUGACCGCCGUGUCCAUCCUGUAUGGGACCCUCUUCUUCAUCUACGUGCGCCCCGGUGCCAUUUCCUCCCUGGACCUCAAUAAGGCGGUGUCGGUGUUCUACACGGCGGUGAUCCCCAUGCUGAACCCACUCAUCUACAGCCUGAGGAAUAAAGAAGUCAAAGCUGCCAUGGGCAGGACCAUCACCAAGGGGAAGUUUUUCAUCAAGAAUUAA